UCCCCUCAACCUUCCAUUUGCUCGUCCCGUUUGAGUACGAACACACCUUUUCCUAUAUCAAAAAGGAACUUAAUUACGGUACGUUAUUGCCCCAGCCUCUCACUCUCACAUCCAUCACAUAGUGGACAGACGGGUCAAAGCAUGAAACAGUGACUUGUAGCUGCCCGUCGCAAACAUCUUCUCACCUCAUCCAGGAUGUCCUUAUUGAUAGUGUGCCUCUGGGCAGGGCUUAUGUUGUCCAUUCCUCGUCCCAGUUGCCAAUCAUGCACCAUCGGCUCAGCCAAUGAGUGCAAAGAGGCAGAAUUUGCUCCUGGAACCAACCUAGCAGGGGAAGGCUUUGACAUCACCAAAAUGAAACGCAAAGGAGCCUUUGUCAUUGACAUGAACGUGUGGAAACGCAAAGACAAGACCUGCACCCUCUGUAAGAAUCCCUAUCUGGAAGGGAAACAACAGAGGCUUCCUUUGGCAGUGGUGGAUUGGAGACCAAACCACCAGUGUAGUAUGAAAGUGUCCAGUAAACUCCAUCGCUCCAGUGAGUCUCUCGUCAGCUCCAGUGGCUCUUCUGUGGAGAAUAACUGGCAGGUCAAUCUAGAGUUAGAGAAGGGAUCAAAAAGUGGGAAGAUUAUGCUCGCUGGUACCAACUCCAAAUUGGCUGAGUACUCCAUGGAGAAAACCAAGAGUGACAAGUUCAGUUUCACAAGCCACAGUGUGUCCUGCGGGUAUUACAGCUAUCGAGUAUCUGGCCAGCCCAAGUUACACCGAGAAUUCAAGACAGCAGUGAAGAAUCUCCCCAAAAUAUAUCAACAAGAAAACAAACAACGUUAUUACAAGCUUAUUGAUAACUUUGGCACGCAUUACAUUACCAAGGUGAGCCUGGGUGGAACGGUGCAGUCUGUGACCAGUAUCAUGCAGUGCCAGGCCAGCCUGCAGGGUCUCAGUGCGGAGGAGGUGAAGAUGUGUCUGGAUGUGGAGGCGUCUGCCAGUGUGGGUGACAGCAACAGCUUGAAGACUGAGUUCAAGCACUGUCAGGAGGAUAAGUCUAAGACAGAGAGCAAGGCCAGCUUCUCCAGUGUCUUCAAUGAUAGGUUCACAGAGGUGAAAGGUGGCCACACCACAGAACCAGAGCUCCUCUUCUCUGCUGAAAAAGAUCCCGCCUCCUACAAGGCAUGGCUGGACUCCCUACCACACUAUCCGGACAUCGUCUCCUAUUCGCUGGAAUCUCUCCAUGAGUUGCUGCCCACCACCAACCCAGCUCGGAAGCACCUGCGCAAGGCCAUCAGCGACUACAUCCUGGAGAAGGCCUUGUGGAAGAACUGUUCUGAACCCUGUCAAACUGGCAUCAAAAGUGACCACAGAGACUCCUGCGUCUGCAACUGCCACAACAACCCCGGGGUGAGCGCCGACUGCUGCCCCACCCGCAAGGGCCUGGCACGGGUGGUCAUCACUGUUCAGAGAGGGGCCAACCUGUGGGGAGACCACACAACUGCCACUGACGGCUACGUGAAGGUGGCUUUCGCAGGCCAGAUAAUCGGACGCACUACAGUUAUCUACAACAACAACAACCCCAGCUGGGCAAUGAGCUAUGACCUGGGAACCGUAGAUCUGUCAACCAGUAAGAAGCUGAGAUUUGAGGUGUGGGACGAGGACGACAAGUGGAACGACGACCUGUUAGGAGAAUGUGAGAAGGAGCUGACAGCCGGGGUGAAGGAGGAUCUCUGCAACCUCCAGCAUGGCCAAAUAUUCUACAAGUGGGAGGCGGUGUGUGCCCCCAGUCUAGGUGGCUCCGCCUGUAUGGACUAUGUGCCCUCCCCUAUGAAUCCCCAUCUGGAGAAGGUUUAUGUGUCUCGCCACUCCCGUCUCAUUCCAAAGGACAUGCUGGUGAGUAUGGGAGUGUUGGUGGACGGACCCAAUCUCCAUGACAACAAGAGCCUCAGUCCAGGGAACAGAGAGUGUGGUCGAUUUUAGAGGUAUGCAUGGUGAACCAUGUCAAAACACCAGAUCUUUUUCAGGUACAUUUCUCCAACCUAAAAUAAUCAAAUAAAUGUUUUGGUAAAAUGUGUUUUGUUUUCUAUACUGUAUCUUUGAACUCCCGAAUGGCACAGCGGUCUUAGGCACUGCAUCUCUGUGCAAGAAGCAUCACUACAGUCCCUGGUUCAAAUCCAGGCUGUAUUGCAUCUGGCCAUUAUUGGGAGUCCCAUAGGGCGGUGCACAAUUGGCCCAGCAUUGUCUGGGUUUGGCCGGGGUAGGCUGUCGUUGUAAAUAAGAAUUUGUUUAUAACUGACUUGCCUAGUUAAAUAAAGGUUACAUUUAAACAAAAUAAAACUAUUUGAGUAUUA